AAACCAGAAAUGUCCCCGCGCUCAGGUGAGUUGGUACUUGGUGGGGCGCACCCAGUCUCCCCCAGUAUAUUUCUGCCCUCUACUCACCCACCCCAGCGUUGUCAGUCGGGGAAGAUCUCAUCCGGGGUCUCAGAAACAGGGGCAAGUUAUCCUGCUGACAGAGGGAGGCUUGGACAAAGUUGUGAGAGGUUGAGGCGGGAAGCUCUCGGUCCUCCGAGGGGCUCCUCGCCCUUUUUUUGUGUUUUGGACCCUUUGGAUUGGAAACCAACAGACCCCUUCUUGGAAUCAUGCGUAUAGAUGCAUAAAAUAGAGUUACAAAGGGAGGGAAUUAAACUGAGAAAGGUAUGGAUCCCAGGGAAAGAAUUCCAAGACUCCGGCUGAAACUGGAAGCACUUCGUUCAUUAUAGCCAGAUUUAUACCAAAUCCAUGUAGUCACCAGAUUCGUAUGACACAGUUAAGUUGUAGGUGAGAUUUCUCUAUGAGAAGUGGAUUGUUAAAUAGCUAAGGGGUUGGAAGUUCCCAAAGGGAUGGUGAUGCAAAUGUUUUCUUUGUUAGCGAUGAACGAUUUUUGCUUUUAUUGGGGAAAGUUAAAAUGUGUUCAUGAAAAUUGCAACUAUUUGAAAAGUGUACUUUUUUGUAAAUCAGACUUUAGUUUAAAUAAUGUAUUUUGUGAAGCUUGACUAACAGGAAAGUGUUGGGAAGGUACUUUUCCUCUCAUUAGGUGAUAAAGAAUUAUUUCCUAAAAUGUCAUUCUAAAACUACCGGAUCUCAUACUGAGUAGUAGAUUGUAGUGAUCCUAUGUAGUGAUACAUAUAACUUAGUUUGGCAUAAAUUCAGUAGUAAAAAGAUGCUCAUGAAUUUUGUAAAUUUAGUUUUAGACUCAUUAGGAAAGUGCAGAGUUCUAUGCUCUUAUUUUUAGCUUCUUUGUAAACACUUGACUUUAAGUAAUUGAAUUUGUUUGGUUUCAAGUUGAGUACACCUAAAGCAUCCUCUACAGAUGUAUAAUGACCCUUUUAAAAAAUAACUUUGAGGAAGAAGAUGCUGCCUAGAGAUAUACUGCAACAUAUCCAACAUAUAAAGGACUGCUUGCCAUCUAGGGGUGGAGGGAGGGAGGGAAAAAAAAAUCGGAACAGAAACGAGUGUCAAUAUAAAGUAAUUAUUAAAUAAAAAUUAAAAAAAAAAAAAAAGAAUAUGACAAAGCCCAAACUAGAAAAAAAAAAAAAAAAGAAGAUGCUGCCUAGAAAUCCAUUCAUGUGGUUUGAAAAAAAAUUUUAAGGAGUGUCUCAUCUGCUUAAUUUCUUUCCUCCCACAGAACAUCUGUUAACAGAUUACCUUCCUCUCUUUGAUAUUCAUUUAAAUAAAUCAUACUCAUUUUCAAAAAUGCAUUUGGUCAUUCUGGCAUGGAAUAAUCUGGAAAGGCAGUGUACUGUGGCUGCUUGCAGUUCUAAGACCUAAAUUCCUACCUCUGAUAAUUAUUUGUGUGAUUUGAGGUUUCUUUUAUAUAGAUCUGUAGAAAACAUCUAGGAAAAAUGACACACUGGUUUCAUCGGAAUCCAUUAAAAGCCACCGCACCUGUCUCCUUUAAUUAUUAUGGUGUGGUUACAACUCCUGCAGCUUCAAAAAUUUGCAAUGAUUUGAGAUCAUCAAGGACACGAUUGCUUGAGCUAUUCACUGAUUUGACCUGUAACCCAGAAAUGAUGAAGAAUGCGACAGAUUCCUACUUUUCUCUUUUGCAAGGUUUCAUAAAUUCAUUGGAUAACUCUACCCAAGAAAGCAAAUUGAGAUAUAUUCAAAACUUUAAGUGGACUGAUACAUUACAGGGACAUGUUCCAAGUGCCCAGCAAGAUGCUGUGUUUGAAUUGAUUUCCAUGGCAUUUAAUGUAGCCUUAUGGUAUACCAAAUAUGCAUCAAGAUUGGCUGGAAAAGAAAACAUAACAGAAGAUGAAGCAAAAGAAGUUCAUCGAAGCCUAAAAAUUGCAGCUGGGAUUUUCAAACAUUUGAAGGAAAACCAUAUUCCCAAACUUAUCACACCUGCAGAAAAAGGCAGGGAUUUGGAAGUUCGACUCAUAGAUUCCUACAUUAUUCAAUGUCAAGCUGAAGCUCAAGAAGUUACAAUUGCUCGAGCAAUAGAACUCAAACAUAAUCCUGGUCUAAUUGCUGCAUUGGCACAUGAAACAGCCAAUUUCUAUCAAAGAGCUGAUCACACGUUAUCCAGUUUGGAGCCUACAUAUACUAUUAAAUGGAGAAAAUACCUUCACUUGAAAAUGUGUUUUUACACAGCUUAUGCUUACUGUUAUCAUGGUCAGACUUUGCUGGCAAGUGAUAAAUGUGGUGAAGCAAUCAGGUCUCUCCAGGAAUCAGAAAAAUUUUAUUCCAAAGCUGAAGCAUUGUGCAAAGAAUAUGGAGAAACCAAAGGACCUGGGACAACAGCCAAACCUUCAGGGCACCUAUUCUUUAGGAAACUUGGAAGUCUAGUGAAAAAUACUUUAGAAAAAUGUCAGAGAGAAAACGGUUUCAUCUAUUUCCAAAAAGUUCCAACAGAAGCACCACAACUCGAACUCAAAGCAAACUAUGGUCUUGUAGAGCCUGUACCUUUUGAAUUUCCUCCUGUAAAUGCACACUGGACACCAGAAAUACUAGCUGCAUUUGAUCUCACCAAGAGGCCAAAGGAUGAUAGUGCCAAACCCAAACCAGAAGAAGAAUUGAAACCAGUCAAAGAACCAGAUAUCAAACCACAAAAGGAUAGUGGCUGCCAUAUUUCCUAGAAGACCGAGGAAACAACGAACUCUUCUCUCAAGUGGAUUAGGUUAACUCUGGGACUAGAUUUUUUUUGUGUUUUUUCUGGAGCCUGAAGAAUAAUUUGCUUCUUUUCAUAGGCUUUCACUAUGUCAAUGCUCACUUUUUAAUAGGAUGGGAUUUUUUAAAAUGCUUUCUUUCUUUGUUAUUUCACUAGAACAGCUUCUGCAGACCUUCAAUUUAAAGAUACAGGAAGAGUUUUGGGGGAGAACUCUAGAUUUCAGGUUAAUGUAUUAAAUUAUAAAAAGGAAUCAUGGUUUUCCUUGUCACAAAAAGAUGUUUUCAUUUCUCAUCUGUUAUUAAAGUUAGAGGAGAGGUACAGAUAAGAGUCAACAAAGGAAAAAACAGUUCGUUUUUCUUUACGUCAUGGCACAAACCUGUAACACUCCCAAGUCAUUUAUUAUUUCUCAUAUAAAACAACUUUCUUAUAAUGGAACUUCCUUAUAAUGAAAAUCAUUAGCAGUUAGGCUCCUUGAUACAUAUUUGCCUAAAAUUAAUAUUUUUAAAACCAGAAUUGUAGUGUACAUGUUGAAACAUUAAGAAAAUUCUGAAUUUUAUUUUAAGUUGACUAACUGGAGUUUCUUGAGUUGAAUAUUUAUUUUAAAUACCCUUUUACAGAGCAUAUGUGAUUUAAGGAACUAAUUCGUGUAUAACAGCUUUAGUAUAUUUAUAUGAAGGUAAGAAGAAAUUAUUCUUUGGAAAUCCAAUACCGUACAAUAAUGCAGAACAUUUUUAGAAGCUUGAAAAACUACCUCUUUGGAAUUACACUGGUUACCCUCUAUUUCUCUUUCAAAGAAGUGUCCAAAUCAUUGUUUUUGAUUUUGGUCUUGAAUAUAUUCAUUUUCAUAAGGCUUUCAGUAAUAGUUUGUAUUUCCUGUCAGAAUGAAUGAAUAAAAAUGCAUUAAGUGCUUUCUACCUAUUGAGCUUUUUGCUAAGCAAUUUUGAAGAUAACCCAAAAAAAAAAAAAAAAAAAAAAGCAAGUCAGUCCCUACUUGAAGGAGUUGACACUUUUGGAAGGAGACAACACAUAAAAUAUAACAUUCUGCUUCAAUGCAGAGAAAAAGGUCUGGAAGUCCUGAGGAUGCAGCAAUAAACAUUGCCCCAAGGAUCCUUAGCUAUAUCAGGAGGUUGGAUAACCAUCCUGGGUCUGUGAGGCCUAUUGGAAAGACUGACAUUGUGACCUGUUAUGUCUUAAUGUUGCUUUUGACCAGAUGAUAUUACAGAAGUGAAAGAGCAAGAAGUUAGGUAAAAGAUGAGUUGUCUAUAAAUUAUAGAGCUCCAUGCAAAGCAAAGUUAAUGUAUCUGCGCUCAAUGGGGUUAUAGGAGAUGAUUUUUUCACAAAUUUUAAGUCAUUGAAAUUUAGACCUAACAGAAGACAUUAGAAAUGGAUCAUAUCAUCCAAUACCUUCCUUUGCAGCAUUUGAUUAUUUUGCAUUCUUAACACAUUUACUAAAUGGUGCAUCACUAAAUAGUUUUACAGAAGCCUUUUUGGUUGCAAACUAUUUGUGUAUUUCUUACUUUGAGAAAGUUGUAAGAGGCUUGAUGUAAGCCAUAACUGACCAAACAUCAAUUUUGUGUGUAUCACUUAAUUGUGGUAGUUAAACUUAAUACUAACAUUUGUUAUGCUCUGCACAUAAUAAUUUUUUGUGUAUUUUAUGUACUAGUACAUUUUACCCCAGUUUUUUCAGUUUUCAUAUUGAGUAUUUUAUAUGGUGCAUCCUCCCAUACAUAAAAUAAUUCAGUGUGUAUUAUUUCUUUGUUGUAAGAUAUUGUAAAUACCAAGAUUAGUGAUUUAACAGCUUUGUAAAGAAUAGAAAAUUAAAGCUGUAUAGAUGUAUAGUUAGAAUCUUCUCUCAUAAAAUUUCAACAUCAUGUUUGGAGAUUUAAAAAAAAUAAAGGUGAAGAGGUUGCAUGAAGAUUAGACAUAUGUUGUUUGUAUUAACUGUUCUACAUAAUUAUUGUCUUAAGCCAGUUCUGGUCUUCGAUUAAUGUCUUACACUAAAACCAUUGAUUCUGUAAGCACUUACUGUCCCAUCUACCCUUUUUUAAAGAAUAGACAUUUUGCAAAUCUAGUUCUUUAGGAUUUUAAGUUCUAUUUCCUAUUGAAUAUUUAUGCCUGUAUUUAGUUAAUAUGAUUCCUAUUGCAUAACAAAAUUAUGAUUUUUCACAGUAAAGUUUUUAAAAGAUAUAUGUGUGUAUGUAUAUAUACAUAUUAUAUUUACAUUAGUUAUUUGAUUUCAAGCACUAUUUAAUUGUUUUAAUUACGUAUGUCUAUAUGCCCUCUUUGGUAUGAUGAGUUUUCAUCUGCCCAUCUGUAGCUGUUACUGUUGUGUAGCAUAUGUAAUAUGAUCAGAAGCAUAUGGUCAGAAAGAAAACUUAGCAUUAUCUCUCUACAAUAUUGUGCAGCAAACUUUACACUUUACAAACUUAAUAUUGCAUUUCCAGUGCUGUGUAAAAGUGUUUGUAAUUCUUUUCCCUUUGUUGUACUGAUCACCUUGCAAUACAAUUAACAUUCAGAUGAAAAUAUCUUUAGUGUAUAUUUUAUUCUCUUCAAAAAAUAAAUUUGUAGUGCCACCUUAGAUCUUACUCUCUGUGUCUGAAAACGUAAAUUUUUACUUAGCUCAGUAAUCUUGGUAAUAUUUUUGAGCAUAUAGAUGAUUGAAAAGAACUUAUGCUAAUAAACAGAGGAACUAACUCAAUAACAUGUGAAAUCUAA